GCUUCCUAAAGGUAUUAUUCAUUUUAUUGAUAAAAUUCGCAAAAGUUUUUUAUGGGGUGGGGAAGGAGAAGGUUGAAAAAUUAAUUGGGUUAAAUGGGAGAAAGUUUGCAAAAAUAAGCUUUGUGGGGGAUUAGGAGUGAGAGAGAUGAGGAAGUUCAACUUAGCCUUAAUGGGGAAAUGGUGGGGGAGGCUAGCAAGAAAUGAACAGGGUUUGUGGGAUAAGAUUAUAGCUAGCAAGUAUGGAGGGAGUGGAGGCCAUUGGCUUGAUUGGGUAAGGGAUGGGAGGGGAAUAGGAUCACUAUGGUGGAGGGAUGUGGGGUGUCUCAACAAUGUCGAUGAGGAGAAAGAAGGGUGGCUAACAGAGGGAAAGGAGAAAAAAUGUUGUCAAAUGGGCAAUGAGGAAGAUGGAAUAUGGAGGUGGAAUCUAGAGUGGAGGAGAGCUUUGUUCGACUGGGAAAGGGAAGAAGCAGCAGAACUACAACAAAAGAUUGAUAGCAUGCGGAUACACAAAGACAUCCCCGACACAUGGAAGUGGGAGCAUAGCAAGGAAGGCAACUACUCAACUAAAUCAGCUUACAAACCGUUGACAAAUGAAUUUAAUGGACUGGAUGCAGCUCCAAUACACAAGAGAGUGUGGAACCCAAUCAUCCCAAGCAAAAUUUCUGCUUUUAACUGGCAGCUACUGCAAGAUAGAAUACCAACAAAGAGCAACCUGCAAAGAAGAGGAAUAACUACUGAAUUGGAUGAUGGAAUCUGCGCUUUAUGUGAGGAGGAGGUCGAGGACUCGAAUCAUCUUUUCCUGAGGUGCAAGGUGGCAAAGUGGCUAUGGAAGGCUUGUGGGAAAUGGUGGGGAACCUCUGUUAAUUUGGAAAAUGAUUGCUGGAAAACUUUUGAGCAAUUUGGGGCAUGGGCCAAAGAAAAACGAGUAAAGGAAGGCUGGGAUUGUAUAUGGAACGUUGUGGUGUGGACCAUAUGGCUCGCAAGAAAACAAAAGAUAUUCCGAGAAACCGACACCAACAAAAGUAAGUUGCUUGACCACAUUCAACUAAAAUCAUUUUGGUGGAUUAAAACAAGGAAAUCUAGCUGCUUGUUUACUCUUUAUGAUUGGUUAUACAAUCCAAUGUCAUGCCUCAAAGUUAACUGUGGUAGGAAGUAGGAAAUAGGGACCUAAACCAUACUUGGCCGAAAUGGUCAAUAUGGUAGGUGGGAUGGACUGAUCCUCAGCAGGUGGAUGUACUGGUAGCAUUGAGCAACUUAUUGACUCUUGUUGGUUAUUAGACAGAGUCAGUAGAUGCUCAAUAUGUACCUAUUUUUGUAGCAUGGGCAGGAGUACCCCUUGUACUCUAUAUAAUAAACUAUAUUUGCUGUG